AUGACAACAUCUAGUGCCAAAAAGCCUCUACAUUCGCUAGUGUUUUGCAAAGAAUGUGGUUCACUGCUGGACCCUCCUAAUGAUAUUGAAGACUAUGUUGUUUGCCAUUGCUGCGCUACAGUGGUGGAUGCAAAAGAAUUUGAAUUACGCCCAGUUGUUACAGUCAGCAAACAGGCAACAUUUCCCGACAAACCAAAGCCAAUUGUAGAUCCAUCGGAUGAUAAUAACGAUCGGACGAAUGCACAUUUAAGAGACGGUGCAACGAUUCAAGAAAAGUGCCCCAAAUGCGAUGCUCCAGAAAUGGUUUUCCAUACUGCUCAAUUGCGUUCUGCUGAUGAAGGACAAACUGUUUUCUAUAGCUGCGUUGUUUGCGGUUACAAGUACUCAAUCAACUCUUGAGCGGAUCCAUUGGAAACGUGCAGUACAAUAAUGGUUUUUGUUUUCAAUGUGGUCAAGAUUCACAGCUGUAUUCGCGUAAAAUGGAACUUGUACUCGUCCUGCAAUAGUUUGCUUUGGAAUCAGAAAUGCUUAAAUAUUCGUUGCAGUUUUUGACUAGAAAUUGACUACCUGUUUAAUAAACACAUUGUCCAUCAUAUGAUGUUCUCAAUU